AUGAUUUUAUUUCAAUCACCAUCUAUACUAUUAUUAUUAUUUUUUCUUUUAUUUUUUUCUUUAUUUUCUGUUAAUUCUAAAAAAAUUAAAAAUCAUUACAAAACAACGGCAGCAGAAGAUCCAAUACCGGCACAGGAAAUUAAUACAAAACAAUUAAAUAAACAAAUAAAAUCUUCUAAUAUUUUACAAAAACAACCCAACCGACAACCCCCAUCACCAUCUUCCCAUUCCCCUUCCCAAACAGAACAACAACAUGAAUUUUCUAUAGAGGAUGUGGAUGAAGAACAAAUUGAUGAAAUUUUAAGGGAUACUUCCAAAAAUCUUGUUAUAUUUUUUUAUGAUGGAAGAUUAAAAUGCCCAGAAUGUAGUGUUGCCCUCUCAGAGAUUGAAGAAAUUGAUGAUGAUAUUGAAGUUGUAAAAACUGAUGACAGAAGGGUGGCUCGUGAAUGUGGAGUAAAUACAUUUCCGGCAUUGGUAUAUUACAGACGUAGCAGUCCAAUUCUUUAUGAUGGAGAUUUUAAAGAUUCUGAAAAAGUUUUACGUUGGUUACGGGCACACGACGAAGUGGCUACUUGGGACUUGAAUGACGAUAACUUUGAAUGGAGAACACAUUCCCAUUCACCUCCAGAAGGAGCUCUUCAAUGGCUUGUUAUGUUCUAUGAUUCUGAAGAAUCUGAUUGUAAUGCUUUUGUUCCAAUGUUUGAAACAGUUGCCCAUAAAUUUCACAGAGGAAAAUUUUUUCGUUAUAACGAGGCGGCAAAGGACGUUAAUGGAGUUGUCUCCUUUGCAAUGUAUAAAUUCAAGGAACAACGCGGGCAUCGAGUACCGGAGCCACCAACUGCUUUGGAACAUUUUUACGAACAUUUCAAAGAGCGACUAACUGAUGCUAUUGAAGAUAAUCAAAAGUUGACGGCAAUCUGUGUAGGAGGGGCCAUUUUAAUUGUUAGCAUUUGUCUCGCAUUUAAAGCAUAUCGGAUACGUUCAGAGCAGCAAUCGACUAUUUCAACUAGCAGUAGAAGAGCAACAAAUACACAAUAA